CGCUCGCUUGUGGCUGCUGGGACUUUUUGAAACGUCCUAGAUUGCUUAGGAUGUUGCGUUUAAUAAGCUGGAAUAUCAAUGGUAUCCGAAGUCCCCAGCAAGGGGCGUUAUGCCAGGAAGCACGCAGCAGUGCCAUGACCACAAAACGUAUUUUGGAUGAGCUGGAUGCGGAUAUCGUCUGUUUCCAAGAGACCAAAGUGACCAGGGAUGUACUGACAGAGCCAUUGGCUAUCGUCGAGGGCUAUAACUCCUAUUUCAGCUUUAGCCGCAGCCGUAGUGGCUAUUCUGGUGUAGCUACCUUCUGUAAAAAUAGUGCUGCUCCUGUGGCUGCUGAAGAAGGCCUCAGUGGUUUGUUUGCCACCCAGAAUGGGAAUGUAGGUUGCUACGGAAACAUGGAUGAGUUCACCCCAGAAGAGCUCCGGGCUUUGGAUAGUGAGGGCAGGGCCCUCCUUACAAAGCACAAGAUCUGCACACUGGAAGGGAAGGAGAAGACUUUGACACUAAUCAAUGUGUACUGCCCCCAUGCCGACCCUGGGAAGCCUGAGCGACUGACCUUUAAGCUACGGUUCUAUCGACUGCUGCAGAUUCGAGCAGAAGCCCUUCUGGCAGCUGGCAGCCAUGUGAUCAUUCUGGGGGACCUGAAUACAGCUCAUCGCCCCAUUGACCACUGUGAUGCAGCCAAUCUGGAGUGCUUUGAAGAAGAUCCAGGGCGCAAGUGGAUGGAUGGCUUGCUCAGUAACCCAGAGGGCCAGGCUGGGUCCCAAGUAGGGCCUCCCUUCAUUGAUAGCUUCCGCUAUUUCCAACCAAAGCAGGAAAGGGCCUUCACUUGCUGGUCAGUGGUCAGUGGUGCCCGCCAUCUCAACUAUGGCACCCGGAUUGACUAUGUGCUGGGAGACAGGACUCUGGUCAUGGAUACCUUCCAGACUUCCUUCCUGCUUCCUAAAGUGAUGGGCUCUGACCACUGCCCUGUUGGUGCUGCCUUGAAUGUGUCCUCUGUGCCUGCAAAACAGUGUCCACCUCUAUGCACUCGCUUCCUCCCAGAGUUUGCAGGCACCCAGCUCAAGAUUCUCCACUUCCUAGUUCCUCUUGAGCAAGAAUCUGUGCUAGAGCAAUCAGUAAUGCAGCCUAGCAAUCAAAUCCAGGUGCAGAAACGACCAAAAAAAGCCCCUGUAUGCUCGACCAAGCCGUGGCCAGAUCAGGCUAGCUCCAGAAGAAAGCAGAAAGACCUAAUGAGCUACUUCCAGCCUUCCUCAAGCCAUCCCCAAACUUCUGAUUUGAAUCUACCUCACCUGUCUGUCAUGGCACCUCAUGUGACUCCAGAGACUUCUGAAGAAGAGGUGAUGGCCCAAGUGGUAGAAGAACAGGCCAAGGCUAAAGAUGAGAAGGAGGUACGAACCUUGUUCUGGAAGACUGUGCUGGGGGGACCCUCUCCUGUGCCCCUCUGUGGAGGCCACAAGGAGCCAUGUGUGAUGCGUACUGUAAAGAAGUCAGGACCCAACCUGGGCCGCCAUUUCUACAUGUGUGCCAGGCCCCAGGGUCCUCCCAGUGACCCCUCAUCCCGCUGCAACUUCUUCCUCUGGAGAAAACCCAGCUGAAACAACCAAGGGUAAGGGAUAUCUGGUGUGGUCACCAUAGUAUAGGAUCUGAUGCUGAGGGCUCCCUUUCCUUCCUCCUAAGCUACCAUGAUUGUCUUCCCCCUUCAGGUUAACUUCAUUCCUUC